AUAAGCCAAACCGAGCGAUAAGGUAGUCAGUCCAGGUAGUGGUCCCGUCCCAGACACGAACACACGCGCGCAUCUCGUUCACUCUCUCUCUCUGUCUGUCGCCCUCUCUGUCUGGCACGAACACAGACGCGCGCGCACUCUCUCGCACGAAACCCGAACGAUCCGAAGCGAGCGUCUGGUGUUGGUCUUUUAAUCGGCCUGCACUCAGAACCUGGAACUCAUUCGCCAACCGUCACUCGUACCGCGCGGAACACACGGUCGCAGUAGAACACGGACAAACAACAGCACUACACAAAACCGUAGAGUAGCCGAGAGUAGAGAGUCCGAGAGCCAAAGCGUUUUUACGUGAAAAAGUGAGACAUUUUUUUCUCUUUGUGAAAUUUGAAAACUGCUAAAAACCAAAAAAGCAACCAAAAAUCAGAGCAGAUUUGAUUUCUGCCAAAAGUGAAACAAGCACAAAACAAAUAAACAGAACCAAACUGUGCCUCAAACUCAAUAAAAAGUAUCUAACCGAAAUGGUUACCGGCGUAACUGCAGCCAACAUGACAGCCAAUGUAAUGGGCACCGCUGUGGUGCCAGCACAGACCCAGCAGCAGCAGCAGCAGCAGCACAAGGAGACGCCACUCAAAAGUGAUCGUCGGUCGAACAAGCCCAUUAUGGAGAAACGACGACGGGCACGCAUCAACAACUGCCUCAACGAGCUGAAGACCCUCAUUCUGGAUGCCACCAAAAAAGAUCCUGCCCGUCAUUCCAAAUUGGAAAAGGCCGAUAUCCUGGAGAAGACAGUGAAGCAUCUGCAGGAGCUGCAGCGGCAGCAGGCAGCCAUGCAGCAGGCCGCCGAUCCCAAGAUAAUCAACAAAUUCAAGGCCGGCUUCGCCGACUGCGUGAACGAGGUGAGCCGCUUCCCCGGCAUCGAGCCCGCCCAGCGGCGCCGCCUGCUGCAGCACCUGAGCAACUGCAUCAACGGCGUCAAGACGGAGCUGCACCAGCAGCAGCGCCAGCAGCAGCAGCAACAGCAGCAGUCGGUGCACGCCCAGAUGCUGCCCUCGCCGCCCAGCUCCCCCGAACAGGAUCCCCAGCAGCAUCUGUUCGGACAGAUCCAGCAGACGGCCAACGGAUAUUUUCUGCCCAAUGGCAUGCAGGUGAUCCCCACCAAGCUGCCCAACGGCAGCAUUGCCCUCGUCCUGCCCCAGAGCCUGUCCCAGCAGCAGCAGCAGCAGCACCAACAACAGCAACUGGCAGCAGCCGCCGCAGCGGCAGCAGCAGCAGCAGCCGUCGUCCAGCAACAGCAGCAGCAGCAGCAACAGCAGCAACAGCCGAUGCUCGUAUCGAUUCCCCAGCGAACGGCCAGCACGGGAUCCGCCAGCUCGCACUCCUCCGCCGGAUACGAGUCGGCGCCCGGCAGCAGCAGCAGCUGCAGCAGCAACAGCGGCCACCACCUGCUGCACCACACGCACCACUAUGCACCGCCCAGUCCGGCCAACUCGGUGUACGAGGCCAUGGACAUGAAGCCAUCGGUGAUCCGUUGCGCCUCAGAGCCGCAGCCGUUGUCGCUGGUCAUCAAGAAGCAGCAGCAGAUCAAGGAGGAGGAGCAGCCCUGGAGGCCAUGGUAGAGCAGCCCUUACACCCCCCUGAAUCUCCACUACGCUUAAAGACUGAUGGGCGUUGCACAAACACACACCCUCACAUACACACACACACACACACACACACACACAUGCGCAGGCGUUGUGGCAUGCGCAAAAAGGACAUUUCACAUCAUUCGCCAGGAUAACGCCAAUGUUGCCCAAGAAGUGCCACCGAGAACAUGCAGGAUCCAUCAUCAAAACAGGGGGGUCCCCCCCUACCACUCGCUGGAAAAAGCGAGAGACUGGGGGAUCCCCCCCCACGCCCCAUUGCACCGCCCAUUGUUAUAAAUUAUUUAUUAUUAUUACGCGGUAUUCUAUAGGUCGCCAGACACUACCUCACUCUGGGUGUUGACAUUGCCUCAUAUCAUAU